AGAGUGCGUCGCGCUGACAGUUUCUUCCUCGCGACAAAAAUGGCGGCUCCUUUAACACUCCUGAUCAUAGUGGCUGUGACAAUAAGAGCCGUUUUAUUCCGAUCCAGUUUGGCAGAAUUAAUUUCAGAAAGGGUCGAGGUAGUGUCGCCUUUGAAUGCGUGGAAACGAGUUGUGGAGGGUCUUGCCUUGUUGGAUCUUGGGGUCUCGCCUUACUCAGGAGAUAUAUUUCAUGAAACACCCCUUGUCAUAUACCUCUUUCAUUUUGUGGUGGACUAUGCAGAGCUUGUUUUUAUGAUAGCAGAUGGAAUCACAGCAGUGGCUCUUUAUCUGUCAAUCCAGACUUAUAACAAGAAUGUGUUUAGAAAACAGAAAUAUGCUUUGGAAUCGGACCGGUAUCCCGCCGACUGUUUGGAGCUCCUCCGCUCUCCCAAGGAGAUGUUUUACAUCCCCCUCAAAGUUGCCAUGUUUUAUCUGUUGAACCCCUUCACCAUCCUGUCUUGUGUGGCAAAGUCGACUUGUGGGCUGAACAAUGCCAUUAUUGCGCUCUUCAUUCUCUGUACAUUAAAAGGUAGUGCCUUGUUGAGCGGGAUAUUUUUGGCCUUGGCCACAUAUCAAUCCAUCUAUCCUCUGACCCUGUUUGCUCCUGCGUUACUGUUCCUCCUGCAGAGGUUGUAUAUCCCAGUGAACCUGAGGAGAAGUAGUUUCUGGUUCUUCACUCUUCAGUAUGCGUUCAUAUAUGUGGGCAGUCUGGUGGUGAUCACUGGACUCUCUUUCUUCCUCCUGGGCUCCUGGGACUUCUUCCCUUCUGUCUAUGGAUUCAUAUUUUCUGUUCCAGACCUCACUCCAAACAUUGGUCUCUUCUGGUACUUCUUCGCAGAGAUGUUUGAGCACUUUCGUCUCUUCUUCAUCUGCGUCUUCCAGAUCAACGUCUUUUUUUACACCAUCCCGCUUUCCAUCAAACUCAAGGAGCAUCCAGUGUUCCUCAUCUUCAUGCAGAUUGCCAUCAUCUCCAUCUUUAAGUCGUACCCCACCGUGGGAGAUGUCGCCCUCUACAUGGCUUUUCUGCCAGCCUGGAGCCACCUCUACCGAUUUUUGAGAAACAUCUUUCUAGUGUCAUGUGUGCUGUUGGCGUGCUCAGCGCUCUUUCCUGUACUCUGGCAUCUGUGGAUAUACGCUGGCAGCGCCAACUCGAAUUUCUACUAUGCCAUCACGUUGCUCUUCAACUUUGGACAGAUCCUCCUGGUAUCGGAUUAUUUCUAUGCCUACCUGCGUCGAGAACAUCACCUGACGCACGGCCUCUACCUGAAGAAGGAAGAUGGCACUGAAGCCACUCUAGUGUUAAAGUGACCUUCUUUCACGGGACUAAGAGAUCUCACCGACUGCCUCACACUCCCAUAUCUUUGCUUGUUUUUUAUUUAACUUUCCAUUCACACUACAUUUCCCCCUUCCCAGGCCUUUUACUUUUUCACCUCAACUUGCCUCUCCUUUCUUUUUUUCAAAACCUGUCAGUUUCUCUUGCGCAUUUGAGUGUUUUACCUCAUGUUUGGAUGUUGACACCCCCUCUUGGACCAAAGCUGUUUUGUAAGACACUUUUUGAUAAUGGAGCCAACUGAAGGUAUCUGAGUGAUACAGGAACUUUACUAUUACUUUAUUUGGCUCCCAUGAAUGUUGUAAAAAGAGGUGGGUAGAAAGGUUAUUUUCACUUUGUUUUGCUUGUCAUCUUUCUUUGGUUUCUUUAUUAAACUCCAUUCAAACAGUGAGGUUGCUUAGUUGGAAGUGCAGUUUGUAGUCAUGGUCAGUAGAGGGUAUAACAUGAAUGUGCAAUGAUAGUACAAACUCUGACUGCAGAGGGCCCAAACUGACAGACUCCUCAGAGCCUUUGUGGACGUUUUAGCGGACAGUCCAACAUGAAGAGGUGGUUAUGUUCAAAUGUUCUUUGAAUGCUUUUCUUGGUUUGACUCAUAAACAAAUAAGAGUUGCUUAAAUAUUCAGAUUUGGUGCUUUUUGUAUGACAGUUUUGUUUGUUUUAUGUUAUUACAGAAUGAGGGUUUAAACUGCACUGCAAUUUUAUUUAUUUUUUUAAUUGGUGAUGGUUUGAAUUGUGUUUAUUGUUCUGAUUCUGGAAUUAACUGGCUGGAUUUACUUUGAUCUGUGCUUUUGAUCUAACUCCAGGACACGUGAAUUGAUCUACUGCACAACUGUAUGACUCAGCCCUCUUGUGGUUAGACCAUCCUAGUAGACAUUAUAUCAUGGAAUUUUCCAUUGCCUGUAUUGUUUCCAGACUUCUCUAAUAAUCCGCACUUUGGCCAGGUAGGAAGACGUAAACAUCCGGAUGGCUUUGAUUAUGAUGUCACCUGAUUCAAAGUCUAGUGUGUGGAAGUCAUCUCUAAUGUCAUAAAGAUGUAGAUAUUGAAGGUUUACACACAUAUGCUUGCCAUUUUAUUUACACAUGCAGUGACAUCCUUAUCGUAUCUUAUGUUGACCUUAUUUGACAUGCUUACUGUAUAACGCAAAUGUAUUUUCCUUAAACAAGUAAAUUGUCAUCAGUAUUUUACAUCAUACUGUAAAUUAAACUGUUACUAACAGGAAUAUAGUUAAAAAAUACUUUAAUAACUCUUAAUCAUUUUUGUCUUGAUUUUGAAUAAAAAAUAAGCUAAAUUAAGACUUGUUAUUUUCAAUGAAGUUUACUUUUCUUACCACAUUGGCAAUACUUUUUUUUUCUAUUUUAAGCCUCACUUUUUUUGUUUAAUUUAUGCUUAACUAUGAAAGUAAAUGAAUUUGUUUUGUGGAUAUUUAGAUGCUUUUACUGGAAAUCAAGACAAACACUGAUUAAAUGAUUUUUUUUUUUUUUUUUGGUAGUAUAAUACAGCAUUUUGACUGAAACUUCUGACCUUAAAUGACCAUUUUGAGCAAAAAUAAAGUAAAUGUGUUACCCAGGUAGAUAGUAAACUUUCUUUAAGUUGGACUAGCCGGUACUAACACCUUGUUUUUUUCUGUCCUCAUGGAGGUUUUUUGUGUUCUUCUGGAUGAUUUUCCUCCCGUUUUACUUUGGAUGAACAAGUGUUACACAGACUUGCGUUCAUAAAUAUGCUCUCUGUACCGAGCUAGAAACAUUUGAAUGGACUGGGAACUGUGAAUAUAAGUUGGCACGAUUAAGGGCUUUUCUCCUGCUCGCAUUAGAGAUGGAACUGCAGGGAACAUUUUAAAUACUUAAAUGUUUUUUCAAGAUUCUUUUUUUCUCAUUUUGAAUGCCUAAAAGUGGUUCAGAAAUGUGCACAAUGAAGUAUUACGCAUGAAAUGACCUCCAUUUCACAUUACUCUGGUUCCCCUUUUGGUCUGAAAGAAGAGUUUGGGCCAUUUAGGAUGUCAAGACACUUAUUUUAAAUGAUUUGUAAAUUAUGUUGUGAUUAAAAUGCCAAUAAAGAUUAUUUCUCAGUUAUGUUGUUUUGUUAAACUA